UUCUCACAUUAAACGCGCUCUUUUACCCGUUUUCUCACCUUAUUUCCGUGUUUGUGUGUUUUAUUCUGCAGAUCGCAAAAAUGGGCCGCCGUCCCGCCCGUUGUUACAGAUACUGUAAGAACAAGCCCUACCCCAAGUCCCGCUUCUGUCGGGGUGUUCCUGAUCCUAAGAUCAGGAUCUUCGACUUGGGCAGGAAGAAGGCCAAAGUGGACGAGUUUCCUCUGUGCGGUCACAUGGUCUCUGACGAGUACGAGCAGCUCUCCUCUGAAGCCCUGGAGGCGGCUCGUAUCUGUGCUAACAAGUACAUGGUGAAGACCUGUGGUAAAGAUGGCUUCCACAUCCGCAUGAGGCUCCACCCCUUCCAUGUCAUCCGCAUCAACAAAAUGUUAUCCUGCGCUGGGGCUGAUAGGCUCCAGACUGGUAUGCGCGGUGCUUUUGGUAAACCCCAGGGCACUGUGGCUCGUGUGCACAUCGGGCAGGUCAUCAUGUCUGUGCGCACAAAGGCCCAGAACAAGGAGCACGUGGUGGAGGCUCUGCGCAGAGCCAAGUUCAAGUUCCCCGGCCGCCAGAAGAUCCACAUCUCAAAGAAGUACGGCUUCACCAAGUUCAACGCCUGUGACUUUGACGACAUGCUGGCUGAGAAGAGGCUCAUCCCUGACGGCUGUGGGGUCAAAUACAUCCCAAACCGCGGCCCCCUGACCCGCUGGAAGGCCCUGCAUGCCAACUGAGCUCACAGCGCCACCUACAGGCAAACAAUAAAUGUUUGGUUAUAAAAGUA